AUGUCGAAAAACAUGAAAACUUCUGCGGUCACUCAUACAUCCCCCUUCAUCAAAUUACCAAGGUUCAUGGAAAACGAACCGCAAUUCUGGUUCGACAUAGUCGAUAUGAAGUUCAACAUAGCCAGAAUCUACAAUCCAGUGGUGCGAUUCCAAAUAGCUUUCAGUGCACUAAGCCCCAAUGCAGCGUUACUUGCACAAGACCUUAUCCACCUGCCAUGGACCAACGUGUCAUACUCCAGACUAAAGCAUAGAGUGACCACUUGUAUCUUUGCAUUGCAAGAAAGUAGAGCUCGUCAGCUUUUCGUAAACGAAACCAUGGGAGACGAUAAACCCUCCGUGUUUCUGGAACGUUUAAAGACAUUGGCGGGUGCGAACAUAUCCAAGUCAGUUCUUAGAGCAGUUUGGACAAGUCUUCUCGAACCUGCUGCCAUCCGGGUGCACGUUGAAGUAAACUAUGAUUCACCCUUGAGAAAGGCUGCUGAAAUCGGCGACCGUAUGUACGAGAUAAUCAAGCUAGAAAGAGAGAUGAGAAGGGCAUUAGCAGCCACUGCAGAGGUUAAAGGACAAUAUAUUGAUGAAGAAGAAUGA